AUGGAGAGUUCUGCUAAUAAAAAAUUUGUGAUAGAGAGAAUUUUUGGGUCUGAAGGAUAAAUAUAGAGUCUGAUUAUACUAAAUGAGUUCUCAAUAAAGGGAAAUAAGGUAUCUGGUUCUGGAAGCUAAGGGAAAAAAAUCAGUUUUAAGCUACAAGGUACUCAAAAGGAUGGAUUAUUUGAUAUAAAUGUUGAAUGUUUGCAGAAUGGGGAACAGAGUCAUAGACUUAAGGGAAUACUAGAGUAUGAAGAUGUUAUUUCUGGAGAUUGGUCCUAUAAAUCUUCAGAAUCAAGUAAAGAUAAUUUUGAUUUAGAAAGUAAUUAAACCAGAUCCCUUGCUCAUGCAAGCGUACAAAUUAUCAGCAAUGAUAGAGAUAAAGUUAUUCCAUAAAUCCCUUUAAGUGUCAUCCCUUGCUUUUGCAAAUAAUAAAUUAAGAGAAUAAUCGACCCAAUUGAUCCUAGUAUAAAAAACCUCAUUUAAUGCAAAACAUGUUUGAGUAAUCAAUUCGCUGUUUACUAUUCCUGCUCUUAAUAUGAUACUGACAAACAAUGCUAAUUUCUGAUGUGCUACGAAUGUUAUCAGCAAAUUGAAUUUAUAAAUAAAAUGAUGCUCAUCUCAAGAAUUAGGCAUGCCUACAGAGCGAAUAAAACAGAAUGGUUCAAGUAUGUCAAUUACGUGAUGGAAAUAUUUAGAGGUAUUUUUAAAGAAGAUCCAAUGACUCUUAUCUCUGUAAAACUACAUAGAGAUCAUGAUUACAGAUGGUAUGAAAUAUAUGAGAUGACUCAAGAUACCUUUGACUUUGUUAAAAUAAGAGAGUUAGAAUUGUACACAAAUAGGGAAAUUUUAGGGGAAGGUCAUUUUCAUUAAGUUUAUGAGGCAAUUUAGCGAAGGGAUUUCGAGCAAUAAAAACUGUAGAAUGGGUUUAUAGUCCUAAAAGAAAAGAGAAUCGAUCCAAUUAAAAAGUGGGUUAUAAAGAAAGUUAAAAAAUAUAAUGAUCUUAUGGAAGUUCCUUUCGAUAUUGCAAAACAGUAUAUUGCAGUGACAUUGGCAAAUAGAUUUAACUUAAUGCUAGAUUAAUUAUUCCCAUAAGAGAAAAUAUUCCUGAAGUACAUUUAACCUUAUCUAGCAUUUCCCUUAUACAAUUAGGAGAUUAAAUAUGUAUUUGAGUUGGAGGAACACUAAGAAACAAGUGAUUACAUAAAGUUUGAUAAUUUCAGCAGACCUAGAGGAGACAAGUUUUCAACAGUAACAACACAUGAACAUUUUGGUCAAGUAAGAUUGCCUCAUGCCUUCAGUCACUGGACUUUUAUGGUUACUGGAGGACUAGUUAUGAUAACCGAUAUUUAAGGAUGGAAGGUUGAUGUUGGUCAAUAUGUAAUGACAGACCCAAUUGUAUUCUCUAACAAAGGUGGCUAAUUAGGAAAUGUUGAUUGGGGGACUUAGGGCAUGAAAAAUUGGAUUUAGAAUCAUGAAUGUAAUUAAAUAUGCCAUACAAUAAGCAUGGAAAGAGAUGAAUAGAUCAUUAUUAAUAUCUAGACAUAUAUAGAAAAGUUUAAUAGCAAAAAAAUCUAGGAUAUUAUGUUUGAACUUGAUAUAAUUGCUGGAUUAUAACCAGAAUAAGAUUCAAUAUGA